AUGCCAUUCACAAGCGUAGAUAGCCAUCUUCAACUUGCCGUCAGGAACCGAAGUCAGCACGAGCCCGGCAGCCCCGGCCGUUUGGCGCCCCACAAUCUCAUUUUGUACGUCGCCCUGACCCAGACUGCCGGGAAGGAUUGGAUCAACAUGGACCGGGGUAUUCUGGACGAGGAUGUAAUCAGCGUAGGCUAG